AUGGUGUUGAAAGGGAUGGUUAGGGAAGGGGGAAUGAGCAAUGGGUCGGAUAUGGAUGGUAGAGGGAAAUGCUUGAUGAGUGAAGUGGUUAAUGGGUUCGGGAGCAACAAUGGUGAGGGCCUUCGCACUUAUAAGAGGAAGAAGCUUACAGCAUCUAGUUCAGAGAGCAAAGAUCAAGGGGAUGUCAGUGUUUCUGGUGAAGCUGUUGGUAAAUUGGCGGAUCAGGAGAUCAUGAAGGAACCCCAGGACCAUCAUGCUGGUAGUCAAGCUGAUUUAGCUAGUUCAAGCGAUGUUUCACGAGGGCAGUGGAGAAACUAUAUCCUAGAGCAAAUGUAUCGGUCGUUAAGUGAUGACGAAGGUGGCAUACAAGGAUGCAUCCAAGAUGUACUUAGGACUUUGAAGGUUUCCGAUGGUUGUGAUAGAGAUAGGUGUAAGUCCUCGAAGAAAGUAUGGUUGUCUUAUGGAACUCCCAAUUUGGCCAAAAAAUAUCAUGGCGGCAAAUCCAAUGAGGCUUCUUAUGAACCAAAUCACCGUACUGUAACGGAUAUGUGUCGGCUUGCAUUCCAUGGGAUUAUAUCAUCUGAAAAAUUCACCUCCCUAUGCAAAUUGCUGUUUGAAAAUUUCCAUGAAAGCAGGGCUGAUAACCUUUUCAGCCUAAGCCUUAUAAACCGAAGGAUGAAAGAUGGAGCUUACGAGAAUUCACCCUGGCUUUUCUCUGAAGAUAUCCAACAGGUGUGUAAGAUAACUCUGAUGAAUUCCUCUGUUGUCCAAUUUUGGAAAAAACUUGAAGGGAUUGGAACUGAACUGAUUUUCCUUGCAAAGAGCCUCUCGGAUGUAUCGAAGACUUGCUUUAAGGAUCAAUUACCCACACGAGAAUCUGAUUCCUCUGGUAAAGCAGAUGAAACAGCAACAACCACUCACUGCACAUGCAGGCACUGUGGGAGCAAAGCAGAUGGAUCGGAUUGUUUAGUAUGUGAUUCAUGCGAGGAUAUGUACCAUAUCUCUUGCAUUGAACCUGCUGUUGAAAAGAUUCCUCCCAAGAGUUGGUACUGUUCCAGCUGCUUAGCUAUUGGAAUGGGCUCUCAUGAGAACUGCGUUGUCUGUGAGAAGCUAAGUGCUCCCAUCAGUGCUCUAGAUAAUCAACCUCCCAUGCCUACUGUCCUUCAAACAAAUGAGGAAGCAUUCUCUGACUUUGACCAGGUAUCAGAAGAGAGCAAAGAUGAUCCACAUCAGCUUUCAGAAGGUACUGAACCUUUAAACCCUUGUAAGAUUUGUGGGAGUGAGGUGGAGAGUGGCGGAAAGGUGAAGAUAUGUGAACAUCCCUUUUGCCCUAACAAGUAUUAUCACGUGAGGUGUUUGACGGCUAAGCAGCUGAACUCGUAUGGUCCACGUUGGUACUGCCCUUCUUGUUUGUGUCGGAGUUGCUUAACGGAUAAAGAUGAUGAUAAGAUUGUUCUUUGUGAUGCCUGUGAUAGUGGUUACCACAUCUAUUGCAUGAGCCCGCCACAAAGUUCUAUACCAAAAGGGAGAUGGUUUUGUAGGCAGUGUGUGGUGAAGCUUCAGAAAGUGCGCAGGGAAAGGAAGGCCUACGAGAACAGAGAGGGGAAAAGGUGUUUUGAUGGGAUGCAUAGGAAGUCGAAAAGGAAGAUUGAAGACAUGGUUGAUGGUAGGGAAGGUAUAAAUUUGCUUCUGAAUGCUGUUUUUAUUGAAGACAAAUUGGCAGGCGAGCAGACAAGGGGUUAGAGCAUGAACGAGAAAAGAGUGAAAGAAAGGCUCCUUCAGUAUCUUUCAGUCUGUAAAGAACUUAGAGGGUUUCCCCCCCUGACUUUUUGGUACAUCGAUUAGGGCGAGGCAAUGACUCUCGAGACUUAAUAUAACUGCUGUGGAAUUGACAGGUACGUCGAAAAUAUAAUUACCAUUACUGAGGCUGAGGAUAUAAUCCUAUGAGUUGAUGAGAUGAUUCUGUGGGUGGAAAAAGGGUUGUGUUUGUCCCCCAAGCCUUGUACUUGUUCCAGAAUGUUAAUGGGUUAAUCGAAAUUUUCUUCUUGAUGCUGUUGCUUUUGAAUAAGAUUCACUUGUGAACACUUUCAAUUGGUAGUGAAACGCAGCAAGAUAGCUAUUCAUUGCCAUAUUAUAUAUGCUAAUGAUGCUCCAGUAUUCUAGCCAAGUGAGAAACGCCCAAAUGUAGAACCUUUAGUUCCUUGGCAAUUUGGAAGAGUUGUAGAA